GCCGCAGGCCCCUCUCAUAAAUGAUCUGAAAUCAAUAGAUUAGUUUUCUGUUCAAUUUUUUGUACGAAAAAUGGCGGCGUCUUCAAAAAAAUCGAACGGCCCGGUUUUACCGAUCCGGUCGUGCUUUCAACACUCUCUCUCGCCGCCGUCAGGCCGAUUCUCUUCGGCCGCCGGUAUCGCGGACAAGACGGGGUUCGCUUCGUCGACUAGUUCAAGCUUUUGUUCGUCCCCGGCGAAUGGUUUCAUGAACCGGUCAACAAAUACGGAUUUCUUGCACCGGUCGACUUCUCCGACGCGCGUGAGCCUUCACGGCUUCGCGCCUCUCGCUCCUGUUCCGUCUGUGCGGUUCUCCAUCGGCAGAUCUCUCUCGCCGCACCGGUCUAUGGCGAUUUCGUCGCGUGAUCAGGUGUUCCACAAGCAGAAUGGUGGAAAUACGCUGACGAAUCUCCCGAAGAAGACGUGCUUGUGUGCUCCGACGUCGCAUCCAGGAUCGUUUCGGUGUAGUUUGCACAAGAAGGUGAACAACGCGGCGCAGUCGUCGUACUUCCCCAGCCGGCUGAACGCUCGAAGGUCCGCGAUGACUAAUUCGCUCGUCCGUAUCGGUACUGUGGAAGGAGAUCUGGUGAAGCGAGCUUUGGCUGCUCUGAUUCGACCUUCGUCCCAUCAGCAGAGGCGCCGGUCCGAUUUCCAGCCUAGGCCAAGUCGGCUCUCGAAGAUGUCGAAAUCAGAUGAACGAUGAGUUUUGAAAUUCAUUUUGCAGGUUUAUGAUCUCGGCAGUGCUACGUUAAAAUUUUGCACUUCCGGUGAAGAGUUUUCCAUCGGUGGCAAUUCCGGCUCCGGUGAAGCAAAACAGAUGCAAUUUAGGUGUUGACGGGAUGGUGAAAUUUUCAAUCUGUACACACAAAUUUCACCUAACCGCUUGCAAUCGAAGGGGCAUUACGGACAAUUAAUAGUAAUCAUACUCAUUUUUUGUGACAAAAGUAACCAAAAUCACUUGAAUUUUAGGGAGGAAUGAGUUGUGUGUUUGAUAGAGGCUUAUAACUGACCCGAUCCGACCCGUUUGUUCGUUUUGGUGUCGUCUUAGUUACGUCAACAACGCCGUUACUGGUUGACUAUUUAUGCCCGUUGUGUACACGUUGUCUUCGCCGACUCGCCGUAGUCUUUGGACGGUUUGAUCUUGAGGACCAAGUCUUUUGGUAGCGGAAUCUAUUAUCGAUGUUUGCAAAUACAAAAAGGAAAUAGAGGACUUGGAAUUUUACUACAAAAGUGGCCAUAAACAAAGUAUAUUGUGACAACAGUGGAAUAAAUUAAAAAGGUAAUCAAAUUAAGAUAUUCUUAUUCUUAAUUAAGAAUUGAUAAAGGAAUAAAGAAAAGAGGUCCAAUAUAUUAUACAGGAUUGUGGAGCAAUACUGGCCACCACUUGAAAAUUAAAUGGCAGUAAUUGAUGGACGUUAAUAAAAAGAUAUGCUACAGCUCAGCACUAUAACGCGUUUUUAAGUCUUUGGUGGACUAAUUUGUUUUCUAAAAUGUAAAAUCAAAACUAGUGAGGGGUGGUUGGAAGUUAAGACGCUUAUUGGGGCCCAAGUGCACCUAAAUAGAGCUUCACGCGGAUACAACCUUUUUUUUAUAUACUUAUUGGGACAUUUCAAAGGUUUGAAAUGUCCCCUUUCAAAAAAAUGUUUGAAGUGUUCUUCAUUUUGCAUUACAAAUUGUCAAAUUUACACAACAAUUAUACGCUUUGCGUUACUAUAGGCGAUAAAUAAAGUACGAAAUACUCCCU